GGAAGUCAGUCGUGUGCUAGCGACCAAUCGUGAAGGUAGUAAUUUCCUUCUCCAGUACGGUUGUGUUCCAUAAGGGUAGCAAAAGACACGUGGAAAGUUUGCAAAGUUGAAAUAAAUCUUAUUUAAGUACAUUUUGUUUACAUCUCAAGCAGAUAAAGUGAGUGAUAAGUGAUAAUUAAGUAAACUUAAGCUGUUAACAAAGGAUUUUCUUUCGAAAAUUAAUUUUUUAACCAAAUACAUACCCACACUUCUGGAUGCUAUGCGUGUGUGCAUGUGGGUAUGUUCUAUUGUUUUUUUAUAAACAACCAAAAUGACGUCGGCAAACUGUUAUUUGGUCCUAGAAGACAACACCAUCUUGCCCGGUCAUGCAUUUGGUGCCAAAGCUCCGGUCGAUGGUGAGGUUGUAUUUCAAACUGGUAUGGUGGGUUAUCCCGAAUCAAUGACCGAUCGUUCAUAUCGCGCACAAAUGCUGGUACUCACCUAUCCGCUAAUCGGCAAUUACGGAGUGCCAGAUGAGAAAGAACUCGAUGAACAUGGUAUGCCGGUAAAUUUUGAAUGGUUCGAAGGCAUUACGGUGGCUGCACUAGUGGUGGGUGAAGUGUGUGUAUCACCCUCACAUUGGCGUGCAAAACAAACGCUGUCACAGUGGAUGGAAGGUCAUGGUGUACCAGGCAUUAGCGGCAUAGAUACACGAGCGCUCACGAAAAAGAUACGUGAAAAUGGUUCCAUAUUGGGACGUAUCGUUUACGAGAAACCAACAAAUUUGGGUAGUCUAACUUUUGCCGAUCCAAAUUUGAGAAACUUGGUAGCCGAGUGUUCGGUUAAGGAGCCACGAGUGUUUAACGCUACUGGCACGCCACGCAUUUGUGCCAUCGAUUGUGGCUUGAAACUGAAUCAGAUUAAGUGCUUUGUGGCACGUGGUGCGCGUGUCGAUUUGGUACCUUGGAAUUAUCCACUGAAAGAGGAGGAGUUUGAUGGGCUCUUCAUUAGUAACGGUCCUGGUGAUCCGGUUGUAUGCAAGGACACAGUUACGCAGAUACAACGAGUUUUGAAGAAUGGCAAGAAACCGAUCUUCGGUAUUUGUUUGGGGCAUCAACUGCUCGCAACCGCAAUAGGUUGCAAGACGUACAAAAUGAAAUAUGGCAAUCGUGGACACAAUUUACCAUGUGUACAUAACGGUACUGGACGGUGUUUCAUGACCUCGCAGAAUCACGGAUUCGCAGUGGACAGCAACACAUUGCCAGCUGAGUGGGAGCCACUCUUCACCAAUGCCAACGACAACACUAAUGAAGGUAUCAUUCACACAAACAAGCCAUACUUUUCGGUACAAUUCCAUCCCGAGCAUACCGCCGGCCCCGAAGAUUUAGAACUACUUUUCGAUAUUUUCCUCGAUGCCGUUAAGCAGAAAAGUCAUACAGGGGAUGUGAGCUUACGUCAAAAUUUGAUCAAUCGUCUUACAUACCAACCUAAACACGAUACCAUACCCGAUAAGCGUCCACGUAAAGUACUCAUAUUGGGCUCCGGCGGCCUGUCAAUUGGACAAGCGGGCGAGUUCGAUUACUCCGGCGCGCAAGCAAUCAAAGCAAUGAAAGAGGAAAAAAUACAAACCGUUUUGAUAAAUCCCAAUAUCGCCACUGUGCAAACAUCAAAGGGUCUGGCUGACAAGUGCUACUUUCUGCCAUUGACACCAGCAUAUGUGGAACAGGUUAUACAAGCGGAGCGUCCAAAUGGCGUGCUACUCACGUUCGGCGGUCAAACAGCGCUCAAUUGUGGCGUCGAAUUGGAUCGUGCUGGUGUCUUCGAGAAAUAUAAUGUGCAAAUAUUGGGUACACCCAUACAAUCGAUUAUCGAGACGGAAGAUCGUAAAAUCUUCGCAGACCGUGUCGCCGAAAUUGGCGAGUGAC